AUGGGAUCGCUAUUCAGUAAAAAAAAGAAACCUGUAUAAAAUUAAGAAAAAUACAUUGAUGAGAUUGUAUAGGAAGCCGAUGAAAAUUAUAAUCUAUUAGAUUUACUUAAUUUAUUAAAAAAAUUUGAAUAACAAUAUUAUCAAUAUAACUUUUAUAAGAAGGAUUUUCCAUUUUUACUCAUUCAAGUAUAGAACAAAAAUACAAACUCUAAUUCUCUCUUGAAAGUUAUUGAAUGGAAAAAUGCUAAUAUUUCUGAUAUUAAUUUUUUGAGAAAUUAAGAUUUAUAUUAAGGAAAACAAGUAAUUGAUCACAUUAUUUUACCUUUAGAUUAAUUCUUUUUGAUUGAAAGUGGUUCUAUAAGAAAUGAGAGCGAGAAUUAUCAAAUAUUUUCUGAUAUUAAUAAACUUAAAGAGCUUAAAGGAUUUAUUGUUUUGGAAUAUGAUUUUGAUGAAUAUACUACUAGAUUUUAAUUGGAACAAACAAUAUCUGAAGAACAGUUGAAGGGAAUGUACUCUAUUGCAAUUUAAAUCAACCAUAAAUAAUAUGGAUCAUAUUAAGGGUAAACUCCUUCAUUGUGUGAACAACUUGGAUUGUGCAAGAAUUUAGAAUAACUUUCCUUAGAUUUGAGAACUAUUGGUUUGUAGAAAGAAGGAAUUCUAGAAUUAGGAAAUUCUAUUUGUGAAUGUUAAAAGAUAAAAAACUUAAAAAUUCUUCUCUAGUCUAACAAAUUAGAGAUAGCAUGUUUGUCAGGACUACUAUCAAAAAUAGAAUAGCUAAAUUUUCUGGAAGAAUUAAUCUUAUUUUUAGGAUGCACUCGUCUAAAUUAUACAGCUGGAUCACAGUUAGGAUAAGCAAUAACAAAAUGCCCUAAUUUAAAGAAAUUAGAAUUGGAUUUAAUUCUUAAUUAAUUAGAUACUUAGGGUUGUUAAGAUUUAGCAAAUGGACUAUCAAAAUGUAGCAUGCUAUAGAAUUUGAUAUUAGAAUUAAGGGCAAACUCAAUAAAAAUAGAAGGUUUAAACUAUUUAGCUGAUGGCAUCUCUAAAUGCAAAAAUCUAGAACACCUGAAUUUAAAAUUAGAUAAGAAUGGUAUUUCAGGAUCUCUAAACUAAUUAGGAGAAAGGAUAUUUAUGUUAAAAAAUUUGAUAACAUUUAACUUAUCUCUAGAGACAAAUAAUAUAAAAAGUGGUAUUUUCCAUGUUUUGUAAGGAUUAGCAUAAUCUAACAAAAUUACAGACAUAGCUAUAAGACUAAAUGAAAAUUAAAUUAGUGAUGAUGAAGUAAAAGAUCUAGGAUUUGUUAAUUGUUAGAAUUUAAAUCGUUUUAUACUGCUUAUGUCAAAAAAUUAGAUAACAUCUAAGUUUUUCAAAGUUUUUGGUAAAGAAAUUGGUUAUUGCAAAAAUAUCUAAUACCUGUAAUUAGAAUUCAAUUAAAUUAAUUUGAAAUAUGAUGCCAUUGAAUUUUUAAGCUAAGGAGUGUCUUAACUUAAAUCUCUGAAUAUCUUAAAAUUAUCAUUAGAUUAUAACUAUAUUAACGAUACAAGUGAUUCAAAUUCACAAACUUAGUCAAGAUUUUUAGGAAUAUCUGAUCUAUAAAAACUUUAAGAAUUAAAAGUAGAGAUUAGUCAAAAUAACUUAAGCUAAAAAGCUAUCAUUCAAAUAAGCGAAGAAAUAUCAAGCUGCUAAUAGCUUUAGGAAUUAUACUUAAAAAUGAACUAAAUAAAAAACUUUAAUGAUGUUGCUAAUGUAUUUAUUGCCAAUAUUACAAAGUGCUGUCAAUUGAAAAAACUCAGCUUUCUUAGUGUAGAUAAUAAGAUAACUACUGAUUAAGCAGAGGAGAUAGGAUAAAGUCUAUCAAAGUUUUAAAAAUUAGAAAAUUUAACUUUGAUUUUAAGCUAAAACAAUAUACUUGGAAAGGGAUCAGCCCUACUAACAGAAGGAAUAUCUAAAUCUCUAACUAUCAAAAAAUUGGUCUUGCACUUAGAUAAUAAUUAGUUGAAUGGAGAACUUAUAGACACUUUUUCUGAAAAUAUUUCAAAUUUAAAGAAUCUAAAAAUUUUAGUAUUGAAUAUUGGUGGUAACUCAAUUGAUCACAACAGUCUCUUGUUAUUAGCUAAACAUUUAUCAUAGACCCAAUAUCUAUUUUAUUUAGAAAUAGUUGUAUCUCAGGGUAGAGCAAAUAGAAAGAAUUUAAGGUCUCUUUUUAAGGCUAAAAGAUUAUUAAGUAUAAAUGGUACUUUUAAAAUUUGA